AUGCCGCCCAAUCGGUCCGAAUACCAGCCCCUCACGCAGAGUGUCGACGACGACGAGGUCGAUGUUUCCGAAGGGCUCGCUCAGCCCUCACGCGGCCUCCGGCGGUCACAGCGGCCAGUCCACAUUGACCUCAGCAAGCUGGACAAUGCCUUCAAAAGGUGGACGGAGUCCAUUGCGCAGAAGGUGAAGCGGAAGAAGAAGGUGGAGGAUAACUCGAAGAAGGAUAUAUGGCACAGCGUCUUCGAGCCUCAGUAUGUCGCCUCAAACACCUACGGUGGUCUGGUCAAGACAUUGGACCACAAGCCUCCUAUGACUGCAGCGGAUUUCGAGGUUUACGUGCAAGCUGUUCGCGAUGCUAUUGCAGAGGGUAUCCACCCCAAGAUGAUUACGAAGGGGUCUUCUGGGUCGUAUUUCGCUCGUGCCAAGCUGGAUGGUCGGAUUCAAACGGUCGCUGUGUUCAAGCCCAAGGACGAAGAACCCUACGGUCGUCUUAACCCCAAGACUACCAAAUGGCUGCACAGGCAGUUCCGAUGGCUCAUACCCUUUGGUCGUGCAUGUCUUAUACCCAAUUUGAGCUACAUAUCCGAAGCGGCUGCAUCAUUACUGGAUGAGCGCAUGAGCUUAAACAUCGUUCCAAGGACACAGCUAGUUUCCCUAUCAAGCCAGGCGUUCUUCUACGACUGGUUAGACCGUAACGCUGCGAAGAAAGGGAAACGUUUGCCGGAUAAAAUUGGCAGUAUGCAGUUCUUCCUUCAUGGUUUCACGGAUGCGUCGGACUUCCUUCGGCAACAUCCUUGGCCUGGUCGAGCCAUCUCGGACACCUUUGGUGAUGUCAGUCAUAGGAAAGGCGGCUUCCAGAAGAAGUUCAUGACAGCACUCAAAGUGGUGUGCGGAAAGACUGGCGUCGAGGAUGAGUUCUUUGACGAAGACGAGGACCUAGACACUCGCCUCUACGACAGCUCUGAAAGUCGUACCGGUGAUCCAUUUUACUGGACUCCUGCACUGCAGGAUAACUUCCGCGAGGAGCUGGAGAAGCUUGUAAUAUUAGAUUAUCUAAUGCUGAACACUGACCGCGGGGCGGACAAUUACAUGAUCAAGUACUGCGAGGUCGAUCACUCGAAAUCGCUCGUAGAUGUCGCGCCCUCAAGAAUGUCACGACCCGACAUGCCGAUGAUGACAGAACUUCGACGUGCGGACACCAUGGGCAGCAGCAACACCGUCACCGGCCCGUCAGCGUCCCCGAUGUACCCCCAAACCCACGCAACGGCGAACAGUGGAGAUUACACGAAGCACCCGCACCUACACAUCGCCGCCAUAGACAACUCACUGUCCUUCCCCCACGAGCACCCCAAAGGUUGGCGGUCGUAUACCUAUGGAUGGCUGUACUUGCCAGUCACUAUCAUCGGACGACCAUUCAGCCAGAAGACGCGGGACCAUUUCCUGCCUUUGCUUACGUCUAAGGCGUGGUGGGCAGAAACGACAUUCGAGUUACGGAAAAUGUUUGCGGUGGAUCCUGACUUCCACCCAAGAUGUUCAGGGCAGCUUGCUGUCAUCAAAGGACAGGCGUGGAACAUCGUACAAUCGCUCAGACAUGCGGACGAAGGCCCCCUCGAACUCACCCGGCGCACCAAGGUCCUCGUCUGGGACGACGAAAUCCCCGUCACAGAGGACAUGAUCCCGCUCCCGAACCCGGACGGCCACAACGGGUCGUCCUACUCGGCGCAGCUGCCGCCCCAGGGGCCCGCGCUCUCCCCGCACGCGUCGAUCGCGUCGAUGCCCCCGCUGCCCACGCAGCCGCGCCGGACGCGCUCGCACUCGCACUCGGUCUCGGGCUUCCCGCCGCCGAUGCGCCGGCUCGCGACCGACGGCGCGGGCAUGUCCCGCCCCGUCUCCUUCUCCGCCAAGUUCCAGCGCGUGCACCCGGCGACGACGGGCGUGACCGUGCUCGAGCAUAUGGAGCGCCUCGACGCGGUCGAGGCCGGGCUCAAGCGCUUGGGCGUGGACGACGCGGUCGAGGAGGGCACGGAUGACGACGGCGAAGGGGAGGAGGUCGAUGUCGGCGAGUCCUCGUCGUCUGCCCCUAGGCAAGCGGCGCAGGGGACGCCGUCGUCCGCGCCUGCGACGCAGACGGCGUUUUUCGCCGGCGUUGGCGCGCUGACGCCCCCGCCGCUCUCGCGCCAGUCGUCUGUGGAGGCCGCGGCGUCGAGCCUCGGCAUGCUUUCGCCGGCGUCGGGCGCGGAGCGGCUGCCCGUCGUGCACGAGGGCGAGGCCGCGCUUGGAGAGGACGACGAGGGCAACGCAGACCUGGCGAUGUCGUUCGCGGAGGAGGAUCUCGCGGCGAUGUCGAAGAGCACGGGCCACAUGGAGCGGCACGCGCCGCUGCACACGCGGUGGGGGAGCCAGCAGGCGCCGCUGGCGGAGGAACAAGACAUGGACUGGAUGCACCACGACCCAGCGGAGAGCCCGAAGACGAAGACGAUGAUCGUGGAGCGGUUGGAGACUGUCGAUGUCAAGCCGCUGUGUUCUUGUUGGUGA